AUGUCAAUGGAUACCACCGCCUGUGAGACCAUAGUCCCCAGCCGCUACGUAACCUUUACGUUCCCCAAUCCCCUCCCUCGCCCACUCCCCCACCUGCUCCACACCUCGCUCCUCCACAUCGCCGUACUCGACUCUCCUUCCACCGUUGCCGCCGCUGCCGGCAAAGUCGAAGUCGCCGCCAUGUUAGUCCCACCGAAUCGCCAACACGACUGGAUCUUCUCCGCUCAAACAGGCCAUCUCCAGCUACUCCUCACCUUCCCCCAGCUUUCCCGCCUCAUUCUCAUCUCCAAUUAUUAUAAUGACCCAGUUGGGCUCCUCCCCUCCGCGUCUAAAGGUCAGUCGGUGACAGAUUGUGAAAACCAGAUGGACCAAAUUCAAGUGAAUUUAAUGCCAUUACUGUUCGCUUUGACUCCCAAAUCGGCUUUUGAUCAGAACCGCAGGUUUCCGGAAAUACCUUUCUUGAGCUACGAGGAUGAUGUUAUCCGUAGCCAAGUCUUGGAAACUUUUUAUGGCCCCUGUGUAGGUGAAAUGUUGGUCGAAAACGUCGAGUUGGAAUUGGUGACUGGCAAUGAUAGCGUUCGGGAGUUUAGGAGGAGGUUGAGGUAUAAGAGAAUGCCUAAUUUAGUUCAAACCCAGGUGAGGAUUCAUCCUGUUGUUGCAUUAACAGCGGGCAUUGAAUUAGAUGGGUUAAAGUUCAGGGUGGAUAGUGGGAUACUGGUUCAACCCUAUUUGAGUCCAAUGGUGGCAUGUUUGUCACUGAUUAGUUCAUGUUUGGAUAAGAGAAUCCAUAUGGGGUUUAGGCCUAGAGCACUUUGCUUAGGAAUUGGAGGAGGGGCCUUAGUUGAAUUUUUGAGUUCAGAAUUGCAAUUUGAGGUUGUAGGUGUGGAGGAGGAUGAGGUUGUUUUAAUUGUGGCGAAUAAGUAUUUUGGAUUGAAUGAGAGUGAAAUGAUCCAUUUGUGCAUUGGAGAUGGUAUUGAAUUGAUUCAAAAGCUCGCCUUUGAAGAUUCUGAUGCUGACCUUCGGGAUCGCUUCAAGUUUAGAAAUUCUGGUGGUUUGGAUCAUCUGCAUGGUAAUUUUGACGUGGUUAUGGUGGAUCUUGAUUCCAGUGAUGCUAUACUGUGCAGCAGCGCACCUCCAUUGGAAUUUGUUAAAAAGUCUGUUCUUUUGGCAGCUAAAAAGGUUCUGUUCGAGCAUGGAGUUGUUAUACUCAAUGUGGUUCCUGCAAGUAAGUCAUUUUAUGAUAUGGUGACUAGUGAGUUUGUGGAAGUGUUUGAGGACGUAUAUGAGAUAGAUGUUGGGAACGGGGAUAAUAUGGUUCUUGUUGCCUCUGCCUCUGCCUCAUUAAUUGGAGCAGCUUGUGCUGAUUAUGAUAAUUCUUUUCUCCGGAAGUUAAAUUCAAGUAUUCAAGGGUCGCAUAUGAAUUCUUUGAGGAAAAUUUCAGGGACUUCUUUGCUUAAAAGUAGUUGA